UGAAAUUCCACCAAUCAGAUCCUACCAGGUAACCACAAAGGUGCCGACGGGCGGGUACAAAACGACGACGGCAAAAAUUACCUACCUUCAUCUCCAUUGCUCUAUAUCUCAAGAAUCUUCCUCCCCAAGAUCAACCCCAACAUCCAUCACCAUGGCGACCGCCCUCCUCUCCUCGCUCCAACAAGCCAACCUCCUCCCAUCCAAAGCCAUCCCCGCCGACUUCACCCCCACCUUCGACCUCACCGUCCGCUUCCCGGGCGAGUCCCAAACCGCCAUAUCCAACGGCACGCUCGUGCGCGUCAGCCAAGUCAGCCAGGCCCCCACCAUCUCAAUCUCCGCGAACACGGCGGCGUCGCCGUCAGCAGCAUCACCGGACGCGCCGAAACCGACCCGCCUCACGCUCCUCCUCAUCGACCCGGACGCGCCCACGCCCGACGACCCCAAGUUCGCCUACUGGCGGCACUGGGUCGUGACGGGCAUCCCCGCGCCGUCGACAGAAGUGGCUGCUGCUGCCAGCGAGGGGCGCACGCUGACGGCGUACCUCGCGCCGGGCCCCAAGGACGAGUCCGGGCCGCACCGCUACCUGUUCCUGCUGUUUGCCGAGCCGGAGGGGUUGGAACUGCGGGCGGGGGACGUGGGCGGGGAGGCGUUUGUGGAGAGGCGGAGUUUUGGGGUGGAGGAGUUCGUGGGGAGGCAUGGGCUGCGGCUGGUUGGGGUGCAGUGGAUGAGGGGGGUUGGGGAUGGGUGGGUGGGGGAGGAGUAGGGUUGGGUGGUUGGUGAGGGUAGGGUAGGUUGGGGGAAGUUAGGUACCUACAUGUAGGGAAAGCAUUGAUGGAUUGUUGUUUCGAUUGGGUUGUGGAGUGGUAGUGCUGGCUGUCGAUAGAGAUUGAGCCACGUGGGUGUGAAACCUGGCGGGAGAAUACCGAGAUGCGUUCAAUUGCCGGCACGGAUAGAGGUGCGGGCCA